CGAGUUGGCUAUCUAGCCACAAUCUUGAGAGUUGAGACAUCUCAUAAGCUCUUAACGAGGCGGCUCAUGAGUUGAGCUCAACAAGCCACCGAGUCGAGCUAGCUCGCGAGCUCCACGAGCUGCAGAAGGCUAAACUCAAGCUCGGCUCAUUAAAAAACGAGCCGAAUUUCGAACGAGAUUUUCCCGAGUCGAACGUCGAGCAGCUUGCAAACAGCUCGGCUCAUUUGCAAAUUGCAGCCCUACUUCUUCUUCCCUCUCGUUGCCGAUGUGGUAUAUUUGGUUCUGCGCGUUGGGCUGGGCCAUUUAUGUUUACAUGGGUCGUUGAAAAUAGUUAGGCCCAGCUUUAUUCCCAUCUCCUAAACGACAUCCCGUCUCGACGUUUCUGUUGUUGACUUGUCCUCUCUUUCUUCCUUCCUUCUCUUUUCUUCUCCGCGGGAUAUCACACACACACAGGACGAACGCCGGGAAAGAUACGGAGAAAAUAUUGAGGAUUAGGGUUUGAAGGCAGAGAAAUAUAAUCACAGCCCAGGUGAUGGAAAUAGUGGAGAAGAAGGAGGUGGAGGAUCAUAACAACGCGCAAUCGAUUUUAGGCGCCGAUUCCGUGGCCUCCGACGUCGUCGAUAAAGAGGCAGAAGAGCGCCAAGCGCGUGAACUCAAAGCCGGUUUGCACCCUCUCAAGUACAAGUAUGUCUUUUGGUACACUCGCCGGACACCAGGAGUCAGAACACAGACCUCAUAUGAAGACAAUAUAAAGAAAAUAGUUGGUUUUAGUACGGUUGAAACUUUUUGGGUCUGCUAUUGCCACUUGGCUCGCCCCUCGUCUCUGCCAAGCCCUACGGAUCUGCAUCUUUUCAAGGAGGGUAUUCGCCCUUUGUGGGAGGACAGUGCUAAUUCCAGUGGUGGAAAAUGGAUAAUACGAUUCAAGAAGGUUGUCUCGGGACGCUUCUGGGAGGAUCUGGUUCUUGCCUUGGUAGGCGACCAACUUGAGUACAGCGAUAGCAUUUGUGGUGCAGUAUUAAGCAUCCGAUUCAAUGAAGAUAUACUGAGUGUAUGGAAUCGGAAUGCAUCUGAUCAUCAGGCUGUGAUGUCUCUUAGAGACUCAAUCAAGAGGCAUUUGAAGCUUCCCCACAGCUACGUUAUGGAGUACAAGCCCCAUGAUGCUUCCCUUCGUGACAACUCAUCUUACAGAAACACAUGGUUGAGCAGAUAACUUGUGUCACUAAGAUUUUUUUUUUUAUUGCCAACAAGGGAAAGAAAUGUGCGGAGGACCCAUCGCUUCAUUGUGAUGUUUUAUACUCCACUUGCCAAACAUGGCCGAAGGAUCUAUCGACUUUGUACUGCGAAACAACCUUUCUGGGGUUGUCUUGAUCUUCUUGUAGGUUGAACAGUAAACAGCAAUGACUGGU